AUGCAACACAAACCCGACAGCUCAAGAGUCCUCAUCGCCAUUUCAGGAAUCGCCGGCUCGGGUAAAACGACUCUAGCCGUCGCAGUUACUGCCCGUCUCAACCAGUUGGCGAAUACCGAUAUCGCAGCUUGUAUACCGAUGGAUGGCUACCAUCUACCAAGGGCACAUUUGGCAGCUAUGCCAGAUCCUGCCACGGCAAUCCAUCGUCGAGGGGCUGCGUUUACUUUUGAUGGACAAGCUUUUUAUCAACUAGUCCAAAGCCUGCGGGAGCCUUUGACAGCAAACACGCCUACGAUUUAUGCACCAUCUUUCGACCAUGCAAUCAAGGACCCAGUGGCCGACGAUAUUCCCAUAUCACCACAAUCAAAGGUUGUUAUCUUUGAGGGUCUCUACCUGUCAUUGAGCAGAGAUCCCUGGAAUCUGGCUUCUGAUCUGAUGGACGAGUUGUGGUUUAUUGACGUCAAUCGCGACAUCGCUCGAAACAGGCUCAUCAAGCGUCAUGUGGCUUCAGGUAUUGUACCUGAUGCCGCGGCUGCUGAGCACAGAAUUGAUACCACAGACUGGCUGAACGCGGAUGACAUCAUAGAAAACCGACUCCCUGUCCAAGAGCUGAUUCCUGGCAGCUAG